UCGACGAGCUUGUCAACUUUGACACUCGAGAAGCGAACGAUCAUUAAAACACAUCCAAAAUGGACAAACGUCGGCAACUGGCUUCACGUUUGAAGCCCAACUCCAAAGUUGAAGUUUUACCGUUAGACGUGCUCAAAGUGAUCGUCGGCGAAGAACAGCAGCAGGUGUGGCGGUCCAGGGGGGGGCAGGAGGAGCCACUGCACCCCCGCAUUAAAGAGGAAGACGAUGACGUCGCCACGCUCCCUGCGAAGAGAGAAGACGACGACGGCGACCAAGAGCUUCACGACAGCUCAAGCGACUCGGACGAGCGCUCGCAGCGGCUCUCGGACUCCGACCACUGCGACUCCGACGACUCCAAAGCGGACGAAAAGAAGCGCUUGACCUGCUCUCGGUGCCGCCAAAGCUUUGACACCAAGUACCAGCUGGUGCACCACACGAGGACGCACACCGGCGAGCAAAUCAUCUGCGCCGUGUGCGGAAAAAACUUCUCCAGCAAGAGCAACCUGCGCACGCACAUGAGGACGCACUCUGGGGAAAAACCGUUCACCUGCUCCGUUUGCGGCAAGGGCUUCUCUGUCAAGAGAUACCUGGUGUCCCAUAUGAGAACGCACACUGGAGAGAAACCUUACUCUUGCUCCGUGUGCGGCUCGGGCUUCAGCUACCGUAUGUCGCUGGUUCUCCACAUGAGAACGCACACAGGGGAGAAACCCUUCUCCUGCUCGGUUUGCGGCAAAAGCUUCUGCCAGAAGGGACAACUGAGAGCGCACAUGAGGACGCACACGGGAGAAAAACCCUUCCCGUGCGCCUUCUGCGGCAAGACUUUUUCCGAGCGGGGACACAUGAUCUCGCACGUCAGGUCGCACACGGGGGAGAAACCGCACUCGUGCUCGCUCUGCGGCAAAACGUUCGCCACCAGGAGGAACAUGACGAUACACUUGAGGACGCACACCGGAGAGACGCCGUUCGGCUGCAGCGUUUGUCACAAGAGAUUCCCGCACAAGUAUCAGAUCACCAGACACAAGUGUACAAACGCGCAACUUGACAACGCGCAGUAGUGGACCUAGACUAGAUGGUGUCCUAAUCAAUGGGACCUUGACAUACGAGUGCCCCAACUUCAAGUUAUGGUCAUGUUUUGUUUUUGUUUGUUUUGGGGUGUGGUGUGAGCCAAAAGCUCUGGAUACGUUGCCGCUCGAGGGAAGCGGAGGGAAAAGAAUGGAGCUUCCCGUAUUGUCAGCCCUUUUAGAGCAUUUUCAUUUAUUGUUUUCUGUGAAAAUUUAAGAACUGAACCUCGCCAGAAAGAAAGAUGUUACGUUGCUAGCUGUUUUCGUUUUUUAGCAUUCAGCAGGGGGAACAUGGGUUGGUUUCUGACCAAAAACUGGUGAAAAUGAGCUUUUUAAAGGUGAAAAUAAACUUUUGUGACACCUUAAAUUAUAACACGAGGCUGAAAAGCGCUUUUGAUGGCACAAUAAAAUUUUAAUCAUGGGGCGAAUUGAACACCUUAGUCAAGGUAGGACGGUACAAACCACACGCAACGCAAUGAAACAACACGACCUCUGUGUAUUCGGUGUCAUACUUUGUGUACACAAAACACAUCCCUUCCUGCAGAUAAGUGUACAAAUGACACUCGAUAAAAUACUGUGAUAGCAUUUCUCGAACGUUUGUUUUCUUGGGACACAAGUUUCCAUACAUACAGUAAGCACAAACGCAUCUUCAAAAAAGACAUAAAACCAGUGCUGGGCAAACUUUAAAGGAAUGAAAUAAUAAUAAAUAUGGCAAA